AUGCUGGCCCAAAGCGCUAUCAUCAACCCGAUCGUCCCGAAACCAUUCACUCUUUCCAGGAGUGAUGGUUUCGCUCCCAGCCGAUAUGAAAAACUAGGAGCAGAACUCGUGCAAUGUAUGGCGGCAUACAGCAAAGCUUUGGAGAAGGAGGGCCUGCCCGAGCCUUCUCUAUCACCCAGUAUGUCUUCAAACAUUGCUCUGAAGAGCAACAAAGCGGUGCAAGAGAAGGCAAGAAUUGCCGAGCUUGCACGCCAGAUCCUAGCAACGACUUUGGAUCCCGGAACAAGUUUGUUUCUCAGUUCUUUGCAGUUUCACUUUUGCGCGUGCCUGAAAGUUGUCUUGGACCUAAAGGUAGGAGACAACAUUCCACAACAUGGCCGAAUCUCGAGAAAGGAGUUAGCAGACUCUCUCUCUGUAGAAGAGAGCCUGCUGGCUCGUAUCAUGCGUGUCGUUAUGACCAACUUUGUCUUCGACGAACCUGAGCCGGGCUACUACAGCCAUACGUCCAUCUCGUGGGCAAUGCAGGGCCCGGCCAUGCAUCAUCUCCUUCUCCAUCGCCUGGGAGAGGGAUUCCGAUCUGCCAGUCGAGAGCCGGACGCUCUACGCCAGAGCGGAUUCCGCAAUCCCAAGCCUGGCGACUCCUGCGGAUUCAAUUUGGCUUUUGGCUACGAGGGCACUUAUUGGGAUUACAUUGCCAACAUCGACCUCGAACGUGGUGACAACUUCAAUCAGGCUAUGAAAGCUGUCACCAUCAACAGCUUGGGCGAAAUCCCGAGAUUAUAUCCUUGGGAAAGUUUGGUUGCCGACGGAGGCCUCAUCGUCGACGUUGGCGGUGGCCUUGGUCAGGUUAGCCGAAAGAUUUUGGAGGCCUUCCCUGAUUCAGGUCUCCGCUGUGUGGUUCAGGACAAACAUGCCGUGUCGUAUGAUACGAGAAACCCGCGAGGCGACUUGGAUCUGACCCUGCAACAACACGACUUCUUCAACAUUCAACCGAUCAAAGGCGCUGCGGUCUACCAUCUUCGCCAUAUCCUUCACGAUUGGCCUGAUGACGCUUGUGUCGAGAUUGUGCGACAGAUUGUUCCGGCUAUGGACGCAAAGCGCAGCCGCAUCCUCAUCUGCGAUCAAAUCGUUCAAGACCACUCGCCGUCUCUCGCAUCUGUUCUUUAUGAUGUUGACAUGAUGUCUCUUUUCAACGGCAAAGAGCGCACACUCUCAGAGUUCCGUCAGAUAUUUGUGAAGGCGGAUCCGAGGCUUUACAUCAAAGACGUGAAGCGGUCACAGGAAUCAGCCACCACCAUGAUAGAGGUUAGAAUCUCAUCUGCAUCUACAGCUUGA